CAUAUUUAAGAGGUAAAAUAUAAUCUUAACCAUUUUCUUUCUGAGCAGAUAAGGAUGCCACACUAUAUCCUCUUUACUCCAUUCAGUUUGCACGCAAGUCAGUUGAAGAUAUGCCUCUAAUUUUGCUGUGUGGCUUCCCCUGCAGUGGUAAAAGCAGCAGGUCACAAGAGCUGCAGGAACACCUGGAACAGAGUGGGAGGAAGGUUCACAUCAUUGGAGACCAUGUUCUUGGAGUGGACAGGAAUGCCGUUUAUGCAGACUCCAGAGAAGAGAAAGAUUUAAGGGGAUCUCUGAGAGCUGCAGUGGAAAGGAAGUUAAAUAAAGAAGAUGUUGUGAUUCUGGAUUCACUUAACUAUAUUAAAGGUUACAGAUAUGAACUGUUCUGCUUGAUUAAGCAUGUUCAGACUCCACACUGCCUGAUUCAUUGUAUAACAUCCCCUGAGGUCAGCUCCACAUGGAACCAGCACAGGGACAAAAAUGAGCAAUAUAAUCAAGAAAUAUUUGAUUCCUUAGUGCAGAGAUUUGAAUUUCCAGAUUCCCGCAAUCGGUGGGACAGCCCGCUUUUUUCAGUGCAUAAAGAUGAAAAGCUUCCUCUUGAACAGAUCUGCAAUGCUAUAUUCCACAGGAAGGCACCUCCUCCGAACCAGUCAACACAAAUGCAACCACUGUCCUCCACAAAUUUUCUGCAUGAGCUGGACAAGGUGACCCAAGAAGUUGUGACUGCUGUGCUGAGUGCUCAGAAAACCAGCAUUCCGGGAGAUGUCAUCAUGGUACCUGGAGCCAGUGAAAAAGUGCAGCUACCACGAAUCUUGAGCAUGUCUGAGCUGCGGAGACUCCGCCAACAGUUCAUCAGUUACACUAAAUUGCAUCCCAAUGAGAAUAUCUCCCAGCUUGCAAACAUGUUUGUACAGUAUUUAAACCAGAGUAUCCACGGAUAGUCCUCCUAUAGACUGCUACAGAAAGUAAAAACCGGUAUGGGAUGUCCUAUUUGAAAUUCAAUUGGGAUUUCUACAGAUGUCUUUGAACAGCUCACUUUAACCUUCAUCCAGAACUCCCCUUUUGUGCUCAUUUUCAUCUUUUAUAGUUAUAUUUAUUUUCUAUGCACAAGCUAAUGCUCGAGAGUUAAUAUAAAAGUUUUCUUUGACUCAUAUGAAUUACAUUUUUUUUUCUGUUUGCCCCCAGCCGGUAUUUUAUGCUCAAACCAGAAUAUAAAAAAAUAGUUUUACACUUAUAUUUGGAGCCAAAAUCAAACAUCCUUGGUUUCAGAUUGGUAUUUUUACACAAUAAAAUAUACAUUUUAAUGGA